UGUAUAUAACAGUCUCUAUGUCUCUCUCAGACAGUCGCACUCUGCGGUAUUAUAGCACUGUAGUCUCCUCUCCGGGAUCUGGACUUCCUGAGUUCUCUAUAAUCGGAUAUUUGGAUGAUCGGGAGAUAGCAAAUUAUAACAGUGACACUCGUCAGUAUCUUCCCAAGACUGAGUGGAUGAAGAAACUGGGAUCUGACUACUGGGAGAAGGAGACACAAAUAGGUCGGAGCAAUGAGGCCGUGUCCAAACAUGGUGUGCAGACAGUGAUGGAGCGAUACAACCAGACUGGAGGGAUCCAUAUCUUCCAGAGGAUGUACAGCUGUGAGCUGAGAGAUGACGGCACCACUGACGGGUAUUAUCAACUCGGAUAUGACGGGAAAGAGUUCAUGUAUCUGGACACAAAGAGAGCUCUAUGGAUGCCGACCAUGACCGAGGCUCAGAUCUCCACACAGAGAUGGAACAGUCCGGAGGAGAGAGCGGGGGAGAGACAGAAGAAUUAUGUGGAGAAUAUCUGUAUAGAAUGGCUGAAGACACAUAUCAACAACGGGAAAGAAGAUCUGGAGAAGAGAGGUGACUGA